UUUGCGGUUGCUUAGAAACAGGAUCACCAGCGUUCCUGCGUAGCAUCAACAGGCCUGAGCUUGAGCUCAUCUCGCGUUUAGCUUCGUGUUGUCGUUGAAGAUGUCGGGCCGGGACCCUUUCCCGUCCCCAAAGUAUGAGGACGGCUUCACUCUGAGCGGCUUCAGGCCGCAGCAGAGAAAGAGUUAUAAUAAACCAACACACCUCGCCCAGAUGGAGGAGCCCUGGAGUCGCCUGCACAAUGCUGCCACCUCCGCCAGCACCCGGCGCAGUGUCAUGCACUCCAGUCACCAGGUCUCAAAUGACAGCCUCGACUUCCAGCUAAAGUCAGUUUAUGAUCACCACAAGGACAACUUCUGGUGUAAGAACCAGGUGUUAUACCAGAAGGAGACCAUCUCUGAGGAGAACAGUUGUUUGGAUCAAUACAGAAAACCAGAGAACUCAAAGCAGGAGAUGACACAAAAGGAAGAGAUCAGAGUGUGGGUUGACCCUCAGAGGCGCUCCAUCUACAGCAUUAAAUGAAGCGCAGGCGCCACACCAUGAGGAAUAAAGCCGUUUCCAUUCAGCGUGAAGCUUCUAGUCCUAAAUUCAGCAGUGGACGCCUAUGAAUAAAAUACUCACUGAUA